UGUGCUCCGUUCCGCGUGCUCUGAAAAACUCAAUGUCAUAGUGGCCAAAAUGACCGAUAAAACACAAAAGAAAUCCGCGACCGUCGUCGACCUUACCGAGGGCGAUGAUGCGACCGUCUGUUCGGAAAUGCGGUCACCAACAACGAUGAGUAACGGCAGCACGGUUCAAGAGUAUUGCGAGGCAGGACAAAAGGUUCUGAUGGAGGGGAUGCAGGCGUGCAAUGCAAUGCCGUCGGGCAAGUCGCGCGAUCUCUACUCGUCCCACUCGAAGUUUAUCGAAAUCAUGGACAGUCACGCCGAUAACGUGCUGGGUAUAAUAUCGGGCAUACUGCAAAUGCAGGGAAUCAAAGGACACAUUGAGUUACGAGAUCCGGAAGAGCAGCUGGAAAUGCUGCAAGAGUUCAACGACAACAUGCUAGAACGGAUACACAGCAAUCUGGAUGAGAUGGCGGGUGUGAAGAAAAAGGUGCCCACGGUGUUGGUGGAGCACGAAGUGCAAAUAGCUCCCGAACCACGGUAUCGUUUGAGUGGCGCUUGGAAUCAGCAAAACAGCAGCAGCAGCACUUCGUCGCCGCUCAAAGCAACCCUCAUCACCGGUACGAACAUAGCUCGGCCACAGGUCAACUUUAAAACCCCGAUCGACAACUCGAUCGUGAACCCAUUCGUGCCUCGCAUUCGAGACAAACCGAACUCGCUGAAACCAUUGGCCGUACUGCCGGAGUAUGACGACGGCGGAAACAUCGUAAGCUAUCUGCAUCCGUACGAGUUCGAACUGGAUCGAUUCCAACCGGCGAAGGACGUGUUCGUGACGGUUACACCCCAGGAACCGCUGCCACUCGACACUACCGAGCUGGUGUUUAUCGAUCGUGAAUCGCAACUGUCGGCUUUACUGAGCGACCUAAAGGCUGCCCCACAAAUCGCGAUUGAUCUGGAGCAUCAUUCCUAUCGCACGUUUCAAGGUUUUACCUGCUUAAUGCAGCUGUCUACACGCAAGAAGGAUUACAUCGUCGAUACGCUAGCGUUGCGCGAUGAGCUGCACGUGCUGAAUGAAGUGUUUACUGACCCGCGGAAGCUGAAGGUACUGCACGGUGCGAUCAGUGACAUCGAAUGGCUGCAGCGCGACCUUGGCCUCUAUCUGGUGAACAUGUUCGACACUGGCGAAGCAGCACGCGUCUUGCAGUUCUCUCGUAUCGGGCUUCAGUUUCUGUUGAAGCACUACUGCAACAUUGAAACGGAUAAAGCUUACCAGCUAGCCGAUUGGCGAAUGCGCCCACUGCCGCCUGCCUUCAUCGAGUACGCCCGUAAGGAUACGCACUACCUCCUGUACAUCUACGAUCGCAUACGGAACGAUCUGCUCGAGAAGGGUGGCGAUAGUUUGCUGCAAACCGUGUACGACAAGUCGACCUUUCUGUGCAAGCAGCGCUAUCAGAAACCGAUCGUGAAUGAGGAUAGCAUCAUGAAUAUUUACCGUCGCUCGCGGUAUGUCUUCGAUCAUCGGCAGAUGUACGCGCUGCGCGAGAUACUGUACUGGCGCGACAAGAUUGCGCGCCAAGAAGACGAAUCGCCGGGUUAUGUACUGCCCCAGCACAUGGCCCUUGAUAUUGCGUCCAAGUUGCCACGUGAAAUGCAGGGCAUCCUGGCAUGCUGUACGCCCGUGCCAUCUCUCGUAAGACAGAAUCUUCACGCAUUGCAUCAGAUCAUGCAAAAGGCCCGGGAACUACCGGCUGUGGCCACGAGCCAGUCGGUAACGAUUGAACAGCGGGCAGACAAUCGGUACAAAAUGCAAACCAUGUACGACAUCAGUAAUCCACUGAUCUGUCCCCAUGACGACGCCGGUUACCAGGCACACGGUACGGAGGGAGCGAACCUGCCAACUCUACUCGGUGAUUUAGCUAGCAGUUUCAAUCGUUAUGCGUCGGUUGGUGGCGCACCGGCUACUGUGCAUCUCAUGAAACGUACUCCAGAUAUGGCAGUACUGGAAGCAGCCAAAAUUCGACCACUAACUUCUAACGGUCACAUAGGGCUGAGCAAGAACGAUAUUGGCGAGGAACGAUAUACUAAAUUGAUUGCCCUACGCUACAACAAGACGCCGAUGAAUGCGCAGCCGAUAAAACUAGAGCUGGAUGAAAGUCUCAGCUACGAACAGAAACGAUUUAAUACACCGUACGAACGUUAUCUGGAAACGUGCCGUCUGCGCCGUCUCAAGGAGCUUAAAGAACAGGAAGAAAAUCGUAAAAGGUUCCCACUGGCCGCGUCCAAGCUUCCCGUACAACAGGUGGCGGUUGUAGAAUCGGGUCAUAGUGAAAUCAACACACAAAGCAACGAACCAGAGGCAGCGGCAGCAGCAAGCCCACCAAAGGAAGCCGCGAUACCGAGCAAAUUGGCCAAAAAGAUGAGAAAGUUGGCGGCCGCAAAGGAACGGGCAAAGAUGACGCAGAAGCAGCUUAAGCGACGCGAGGACACAAAAGAGCGCCAAGCGGCAGCAAAGGCUGAGAAGUAUUGCUUUAACGGGACCACUCAAAUGACUCCCGAACCGAAGCAAAAGAUGCCCAGAACGUCGUUCCCUCUUGCGAUCGACGUCAGCAGCGGUGGCAACAACGGAUCGGACGGGGUGGGGGUGGUGGUAAAGGAAGAAGCAGCCGCACCAAGCCAACCGCCUCGCAUGGAACCGUUCCAAGAUCCAUUGAAGGUUCCAAAGAACGAUCACGACGAUGAGGAAAUCUGGGGUCGGAAAAAGCCGAAAAACAAAAAGGCAAGGCAGCGUAUGCGACAGGAAGCAUGGGCGGCCAAACAAGGAAUCAUGGUGCCGAGUAGUUCUGGGGUUGGCACGAGCCAAUCUUCCAAUAAGCCCGUACCGAUCAAUUACAGCAAUGUUGAUUACACUCGUUUCAAGGGUGGCUCGAUACCAUUGGCACCGGCACGCAAAGGCAAACGGGGAUUCGCAGGAGGAUUUUCGCUUAACGUUAUGCAGCCAGACGGUACCGCAAGCAUCGCCGAGGUACCACGGAACCUACAUCCCAAUAGCCGGAUGGCGAAAGGAAUUAAGCGCACGCAAAAUCUGUUCAAUAUGAGCAGUACCAAUCCGAAGCGGAAGUAGAGGCGUAUCGUAGCGGAAGGGCAACGAAGAUGAAUAAAAUUUAAUUUGCAU